CGCUGAAAACCCGCAGACUCGCCUUCCAAAACAAGGCAGUUUUACAUUAAAAUUUUCUUGGAACUUUGUGAUAAAAGAACGUUAAUGUAGUUUCGCGAAAAGUAUUACUAGAAAUCCCAAUUCAUCGGCAUCUACCCAGAUCCAAAAAAAAAACCAAAGACAGAGGUAUACCACUACCUGGAAAAGAUGAUGAAGUGGACGACAGCCGUCGUUCUGGGCGCCGCCCUGCGCUAUCUCCUGAUGCAUUCCCACUACGGUGUCACCAUUCAGAACCGUGUCGAAGUGGCCACUCCGCUGAACUCGUGGAAACGAGCAAUCGAAGGCGCAUACCUGUACGCCAACGGAACCAACCCGUACGACGGUGAUCUCUACCACCAGAACCCAUUCGUGCUGGUUUCGGUGUGGUUCCUGUUGGAGAAACUGUCCGCCUUCGUUAGUGUCAUAUUCAUCCAGCUGGAGGUGGGCACCAUUCUGAUGCUCAAAAGCGCUGCCGGCAUUUUCAUUCGGAAGUUGUACGACAGCCAGCGAUCUCAGCUGGCAAGCUUUGCCAAGGGGACCAAAGAGUUGCAGAUUUCACCGGACGACGUCCGGGCGGUACCGUACUAUGUAGCCCUGGCGUACAUGUUCAAUCCGUACUCGAUCCUGAACUGUGUCGGUCAAACCACGACGGUGCUGAGUAACUUCCUGCUGGCGUUGUUCCUGCUGGGGAUGGCCCACCGGAUUCGGUUGGUGGCCUGCGUGGCGCUGGCUCUGGAAACGCAGAUGAACAUCUACCCGUGCGUGCUGAUCAUUCCGGCUGCGCUGUACAUCGCUCAGGAUGAUGGGCAGCACAAAGUGCGCAGCAUUAUGAUCACAUGCGCAACGUUCCUGAUGACUUUGCUGGGGGUGAAUUACGCCGGAUUUGUGAUUAUGGGCGACUGGAGCUUCCUGGAUGCAACCUACGGAUUCAUCUUCAACUGCCGUGAUCUGCAGCCCAACAUCGGCCUAUUCUGGUAUUUCUUCACCGAAAUGUUCGAUCACUUCCGGACGCUAUUCCUGUACACAUUCCAAAUCAACGCCACCCUGCUGUACUUAUUCCCGCUGACAUUCAAGCUGCACAAGGAACCAAUCAUGUUGCUAACGAUGCUGCUAGCCCUGGGCGUCGUCUUUCGUCCUUACCCCUGCGUCGGAGACAUCAGCAUGUACCUUUCGCUGCUGCCCCUCUGGAAGUCGAUCUCAAAGUUCAUGGGUCACAACUACAUCGUGGGAGCGACCAUGCUGGUGACGAGCAUCCUGGGGCCGACCGUGUGGCACCUGUGGAUCUACUCCAACUCGGCCAACGCCAACUUCUACUUCGGUAUGACGCUAGUCUUCUGCACCGCGCAGAUUUUCCUCAUCACCGACCUGUUCUUCGCGUAUAUCAAGCGCGAAUUUUGCCUCAAGCAUGGAAUGAACAUCACAAUCGACGGUAAGGAAGCCCGGAUUGCGCUGGAAUAGAUUUCGAAUAAUGCUUACGGCACAAGUGUAGAAUAAACAGAAAUGAGUGUAAAAA